ACCCCGGUGUUCCGCAGAGGAGGUGGGCCAAGAGGUGGAGGACCAGAAGGUGGAGCCGGACAGAUGGACGGAGCUCGGGAGGGGGUUUACUGCGUGGUUGACCUGAAGGAGCUGAGCAGUUGCCCCGGAGAGGAGCUGCCUCAUGCGACCGGUGUUGCUUGUGCCCCCAAAAUGCCUCAGGUGGAGUUCAGCCUUGCAUGCAAUGACCUGGUGGCCCCAGGCCGAGACGGGACGCCCAAUACGGUGGUCCACGUGGCUGUGGUGGACCCUCAUAAGGAUCACCUGGUCUCCCAUUCCUGCACAGAGAUAAUUGAGGCAAAUAAAGAUCCGUGCUUUCUGACCGGGGUCACCUUCCCCUCGGACUGUACCGCCACGCCAGAGACGCUCGUCAAGCUGACAGUGUAUGAUGUAAAGGACAAACACCAGGAAGUCGGCAGCUUCCUGGGCAGUGCCACAUUUUCGGUGGCCGAUCUGCUUCGGGCCAAAGAUGAACGACUGUCCUUAAAUCUCAGGUCGUCUGAUGGUGGCUGUGCAGCCGGAACAGUGGUGGUGAGUCGACUUAAGAUGGGCGAGAUGGAAGAAGCGGAGAAUAUCACUACCGACGUACCGUCCCAGAAGUGUCCCUUAGUGUGCGAGUCUGCAUCGCACAGCUGUGUGGACAGAGACCACCUCCUGACAGGACCAGUGUUCACCAACCCGGUAUGCAAAGUGUACAGGUUCCAAACAGUGGACAGCAAGUGGAUGCUGGUGCGUGAGCAAAUGGAGGAGUGCACAUUGUCCUUCAGCAUUCCUAAGCAACUGCUCUCGCUCUACAUGCAAGAGGACAUGAGCAGGGUGCAGGAUCUGAAGGAGCUGGGGGAACUUUCUCCACACUGGGACAACUUACGGAAGGAGGUGAUAACACGAUACGGCGACAUCAUCAGCUCCUACCAGGAGACGCUAGCUGAAAUGGAGAAAAUUACUGGCCCGUCCUUCAAGCCGAGUUGCUGCAAAGCCCAGAAAUCCCUGGAAUUCCUCCCAAUCAACCUGCACACUCAGAGGAUGAGGGUGACGUGCCCCAGAAAGACAGACGCGUCGUACGACAUUGUCACGGCGGGCGCACCCGCUGCACACUUCCAGGGCUUCAAGAGCGGCGGUCUGCAGCGUCUCCUCAGCAGAUACGAAGCUGAGAAGAAAAGCUUCAGCACGGCCUACCAGUGUAUCUACUACUCGCCUGAGCACACGGCCAAAGCUCAGGAGGUUCUGAGCAGUGUGAGGCUCCUCCAGCCGCUCAUCAGCAGCUUAGCGGACCAACUACUGUACGCCGCUCACGAGCAGUCCUCUCCCGGCCUGAGGGAGGCGCUGAAGAACCUCGCCGACAAGACAGAGCAAUUUGUCCACACGCUCAAGGAUGAAUUGGUCAAGUGCGCCUUGUUGGCACUGCACACCGCCCAGCCCGGGUACGUGUCCAAGAACCAGAAGGCCGGCAACCGAGACCUGAGUCCCAUCCGGACGGUGUCGCCCUCGCUCCCUGGUGACGACGAGGCUCCGUCGUGCAACAACAUAGACGGAACACAGGGCCUGAGGCGAGGCGAAGACUCCAUCCCCCACCACAAAGAGUACGACGAGGAGGAAUGGGACAGGGUCUGGGCCAGCGUGGCCAAGCGUCUCAACUGCGUCAUCGCCAUGGUGGACCAGCUGGCCGACCAGGACGACCGCAGCAAGAAGGAGAGCGGCGGCGAGCAGCAACAACUCGCCGACGUCAUCACCUCACACAACCCUGCAGGUGACUGGCGGGAGCAGCUGUGCCCCCUAGUGGCCAGGUUGAAGGAGUGCGUGACACAGGUGGUGGACAAGGCCAAGAGAGCCGUCACCUUUGUGCUCCUGCAGGAAGCCGCCUGCAGCAUCCCGCAGGGAUUCCUGCUUCAGCAGAGGAGAGACGUCGUCUUCAGUCAGGCUCUGGCAGUGUUGGCGUGCGGUUUCGUCAUGCGCCUGUACGCAGGAAUUCAGGACAAAGGCUUCCUGAGGCAGCUCCACCUGGUCGGCCUGGUGGCCCAGUUUGAAAGCCUGCUCAGCACCUACAGUGAGUUCGCCAGUUUGGAACCGCAAAUAAGCCAAUUACAAUGCGAAGAGAUCGGCAUGCUGGAGGACAUGGAGGUGGGCGUGGCGGACCUCCAGAGGGUCGUGUUCAAGGUGACCCGGGCCCAGACGGAGCACCUCAGUGACCUUCAGCCAGUAGUGCGAGGCAGACGGAACCACUUCACUGUGGAGGUCCCACUGCCAGGCACCGCCUUCCAGAACAUGCCGGAGGAAAUCAAGGAAGGCCGACCUCUGCGCGUGUUUCCGGUACUCUUUAACGUGGGCAUCAACGAGCAGCAAACCAUUGCCGAAAGAUUUGGCGAUAUUUCCCUUCAGGAGAGGAUCAACCAGAAGAACUUUGAGACGCUGGAGUGUUAUUACAAAACACUGAGCGAAAAGGUGCCACGUGAAUGUCUACCGUGUUUUCAAAGCCAGACUGACAUCAAGGAACUACUUGAAACCCUGGGCCAGAAUGUAGUCACGAAGCGGAGGAAGAACGUGGAGAUUCUCUGGAGCGCCGCGGCGAUUUGCCGACGUCUGAACGGCAUCAGGUUCACCAGCUGCAAAAGUGCCAAAGACCGAACGUCCAUGUCCGUCACGCUGGAGCAGUGCGCCCUGCUGCGUGACGAACACCAGCUCAGCAAGGACUUCUUCAUUCGCGCGCUGGACUGUAUGCGAAGAGAAGGCUGCCGCAUGGACAACGUGGAGAAGAACAUCGGCUGCAGGAAGUACGCCUUCAACGUGCUGCAGCUGAUGGCCUUCCCAAAGUGCUACCGGCCGCCUGAGGGCUCGUACGGAAAAGUGGACUUUUGAGCACUUCCUGUCUUUGUCUUUGUCGCCUGAUAAGGUAGUCCAGCCCAGACAUCCUACGUGCAGCUCGACUUCGCAUACGUGUCAUUUUUUUUAAUACUAUACAACAAUUAUUUAUUUUUUCUACCCUGAAACAAUGUUAGCAUACUCAGGGGUUUGACUCCUGUAUUGUAUAAAAUGAUGUCAUUCAAUGUACUUGUACCAUUUUAGCAAAUAAAACCGACUUUCCAUUUG